GCGUACUAGUUCCAAUUUUAUAUCAUGAAUUCUAUAAAACCUUCCCUUCCUCCUCCUCACACUCUCGAGUCUUAUUCACUUUUUACUGACUGUAGUUUUAUGGGUAUGAUUCUCUACUUGAAUCAUAAGAUAUAUAGGGCUACCCGAGAUCCAAAUAGUACGAUGCAUAGAUAUAUGAAUCUUUACUUGACCUCCCUUUUUAUCCUGUAUUUGUUUGUAGCAUAUAAAAGGUGAUGAUAGUUCUCUUAAAUACGUUGCUAUUAACAUAUUAGGAUAAACAAUGACAGGUUGUUUUGUGAUGAAU